AUGAAUAGAUGUUUAGAGGCUUAUUUGAGAUGUUUUACCAGUGAUAAUCCGAACCAAUGGUUCAAGUACUUACACCUCGCAGAAUAUUGGCAUAACACCGCCUAUCACUCCGCCACCAAGAUGUCACCGUUCGAAGCCUUAUAUGGUAGAGAACCACCUUUUUUCCCUCAAUACCUCCAAGGCACCACAUCUAUUCCGGAUCUGGACAUCAACCUGCACCAAAGACAAGAACUCCUUAGCACCUUAAGAUCUAACCUCGAAAGAGCACGGAAAAGAAUGACAGAACAAGCUAAUAAGAAACGGGUGGACUGUACCUUUAACGUUGGGGAUCUUGUCCUGUUACGUCUUCAACCAUAUCGCCAAAGUAGUAUUCAUCGUCGCACCUCGCAGAAACUUUCGCACCGCUACUUUGGUCCCUUUCCGGUUCGUCGCCGUAUCGGUCCGGUGGCCUACGAUCUCGAGCUUCCACCUACCUCACGUAUCCACAGCGUCUUCCACGUUUCACAGUUGCGAGCUUAUCACGGUGACAACUCAUCUGGUAACUUCAAACCACUUCCACCGGAUUUGCAAACAUUCACAGACACGGAGCCAAGUGUGGAGGAAGUGAUAGCGGUUCAAGAAAGGAACGGACAAAAUGACUUAGAUACUUUUGGGUUGAGAGAGAAAGAUACAUCUGAAAAUGGAAGGUUUGGAGAGAAAAUGAAACAACGUUUUGUUUCUUCAAAGUUAAAUGGAAAUCUAAAGCGUACUUCACACACUACUGACAUAUCACAUGUGACACAUAAAGCCACUUUAACUCACAUGGGUAACAGUACAACAGUUCCUGCCACCGCCCCUCCAGUUCCCAAGAUUGCAACGGUUCCUAAAUCUCCUCCCUUGAUUUCAUUGGAUUCCUCUGCUUCUCAAUCCGGUCCAUUGAAUUUUUCUCCCUCAUCUGUGCAUGGGUCGCGUGAUAUUACCACACCGGUUUCCGAGGCUGCCACCACACAUCCAGCUGGCUCGCAUGCAAAUGGGACUUCCAAUCCCACGCCAGCUAGCCCUAAAGUUUUGUCCACUUCCAACAAUUGGGCCUCAGCUUUUCAGCAGACCAACCCUUAUUUUGACUCCAACCUUGAGGACAAGGUUGUCAUUGGGCCAGAAAGUAGUGAUAGCAGGCCCAAACGAAUUAUCAAAAGGCCGAGCUAUUUAAAUGAUUACAUGUUGAAUUAA